AUGAGUGCCCCCCGAUCAGUGAAGGAGCUGGCGGAUCUGGCCGUGGAACCCGUGCGUUUUCUGCCGGGGACGUCAUUGAGGGUGUCGUUAAGGACGGCUGAGUCGAUGUGGAAGCAGGGCAAUGUGUACCUGUUGGAAGGCAAUGACGAACAGGCAUAUAUAUUACUGCUGCGUUACGCUGAGUUCAUCAUAAAGACUCUUCCAGCGCAUCCGGAAGCCAAAGCAUCUGCUGGUAACUGGAAGGAAAUCAAGGCUCAUCACGCGCGCGUGGACACGCUUCUGCAAAUAAUAUCGGGGAUCAAAAAGCGGCUCGAGGAACGGUAUCUCCAGUACCAACGCAUGCUUCUUGAAGAUGCUGAGGAGCGACGGCGCCAAGAAACGGAACGAAGAGUGAAGCUGAUCCAGGACAACGAAGUUGACAACGACACUGAUGAAGAAGAGAAGCCCUGGUUGGCUCGAAGUCUGAGACGAGGGAGUGCAGAGGGUAGCCACGGGAAGUUGGACUUGGUUGAGGAGAUAAGAGGACUGCAACUUGACAGACGGCGGGACGAUCGCUCAACCAGACACUCGACUAGACCGUCCUCGGAUCCUAAGAGAAGAAGUGGAGUGUCAUAUCCAACGGUGGAGCGAACAGAGAAACGAAGCUCCUUCGAAAAUAACUCAAACUGGACAAAUCACGUUCCACUACCAGAGUCACCGUGGUUACAGAAGCAGGUAUCAUCACCGCCUUUAAUACCAUUACCCCCGCCAAAGCCGACAUCCCGACUAAUACCGCCCUUACCACAAACUCCUCCGCCGUCGUUUCCUGCACCCAAGAAAGGGCAAGAGGCAUAUGAGUUUUCUUCGUCAGCAAGAACCGAAGGCGGUGAUCCAUUACGAACACUCUUCAUUCCAAAAGAGUUGAGAGAUCGGUUCUUGGAAGUCGCAAAGCCAAAUACGACCAGAAACCUGGAAACAUGUGGGAUUCUGUGCGGGAAGUUGAAACAAAAUGCACUUUUCGUGACUCAUCUCGUUAUUCCGGCGCAGGAGUCUACUAGUGAUACCUGCCAGACGAUCGACGAAGGGGCUAUCUUUGAGUUUCAAGACGCCCGGGAGCUGCUCACACUCGGCUGGAUUCAUACUCAUCCCACUCAGACGUGCUUCAUGUCAUCCGUGGACCUACAUACACACUGCUCGUACCAGUUGAUGCUGGACGAGGCUGUUGCUAUCGUCUGUGCACCGAGUAGAGGAGAAUGGGGAUACUUUAGGCUGACGAAACCACCGGGGAUGGAAGUCAUCACAAAAUGCAGGAAUACGGGUCUUUUUCAUUUGCAUGAUGAUGUUCCGGGCGGGAUCUAUACUGAUGCAGGGAAGGGGGACGGUGGGGGGGGUCAUGUGAGAGAGAUUGGAGGUUUGAGAUUUGAGGUUGUGGAUUUGCGAUGAUCGGCGUGGGUCUACGUCAACUUACAAGGAUUGUCAUGACGUGGAGGAAAGCAUCAUUUGAGCUUGAUGCUCGGCCCAAGCUCAAGGAUGGGCAUUUGCUACAGAUCAAUAUGUCGCCUUUAUCGUUAUCGAUAUCGGGACUUGGAUUGUACGUGGAAACGGCAUGGAAAGCCCCAGCAAUUCGAUAGAUCUAUGAUAGAAGCUCGUCUAGGACAUGUUAAUCAGAAUACGCCUUUCAACUCCCU